UGCGAUAGCAACCCAAGUCAAAAAUAUCUUACGUACCAAAUGGAACUCGAAAUAUUGGUUUCUUUCUUACUUUACUCUGUAACUCUCGUGUCGUUCUUAUUCUUAGCCAAAACAAAACUAUCAAUAUCCCCAAAAACACACUCCUCCACCGCCAUUCCCAAACCUUAUCCAAUUUUCGGUUCCAUAUUUGCUUUUUCCGCCAACUUCCACCGCCGCAUACAAUGGAUAGCUGAUAUUCUCCAAACCAUCCCUUCCUCCACCUUCAUCUUCCACCGCGCCUUCGGUUCCCGUCAAGUCUUCACGGCAAACCCUGCCGUGGUGCAACACAUUCUCAAAACCAACUUCCCUUGCUACAACAAAGGUCUCUCAAGUCACCAAACCCUACUCGAGUUUCUCGGCGAUGGUAUCUUCAAUACCGAUGGUGAAAUCUGGAAGGUUCAACGUCAAAUAUCCAGCCAUGAAUUCAACACUAAAUCCCUCCGAAAAUUCGUUGAAACUGUUGUCGAUGUUGAACUCAACGAUCGCCUUCUUCCAAUUCUCUCUGAAGUUUCGGAAAACAAAACAAUUCUCGCUAAUUUUCAAGAUAUUCUCCAACGUUUCACGUUUGAUAAUAUUUGCAUAAUUGCGUUUGGAUUUGAUCCGGAGUAUCUCCUCCCUUCUCUUCCCGAAACAGCGUUUGUUAAAGCCUUUGAUGAUAGCUCACGAAUCAGCAGUGAGAGGUUAAAUGCAGCGAUUCCAUUUCUAUGGAAAGUGAAGAAAAUAUUAAAUGUUGGAUCAGAGCGACGGUUAAAAGAAGCUGCUGCUGAAGUAAGAGGACUCGCCACAAGAAUCGUUAGGGAAAAGAAAAAGGAGCUUGAAGAAAAAUCAUCGUUGGAAUCAUUGGAUAUUCUAUCACGAUUUUUAAGUUCAGGUCAUUCAGAUGAAUCUUUUGUUGUUGAUAUUGUAAUAAGCUUUAUUCUUGCUGGGAGAGAUACAACUUCAGCUGCACUCACUUGGUUCUUUUGGUUACUCUCUAAGCAUAGUCAUGUGGAGAAUGAGAUUCUAAAGGAAGUUAUGGGAAAAUCGGAAACGGUUAAUUACAAUGAGGUGAAGGAUAUGGUUUACACUCAUGCGGCUUUAUGUGAGAGUAUGAGACUGUAUCCUCCGGUUCCCGUGGAUGGUAAGGAAGCGGCUUGUGACGACGUUUUGCCGGAUGGAACUUUAGUGAAGAAAGGGUGGAGGGUGACAUAUCAUAUAUAUGCUAUGGGAAGGUCCGAGAAAAUAUGGGGACCCGAUUGGGCUGAGUUUCGACCUGAGAGAUGGUUGAGUCAAGUUGAUGAUGGAAAGUGGAGCUUUAUUGGGAUGGAUCCUUAUAGUUAUGCGGUUUUUCAGGCUGGGCCAAGGGUGUGUUUAGGAAAGGAAAUGGCGUUCUUGCAGAUGAAAAGGGUGGUUGCCGGGAUCAUGAGGCAGUUUAGGGUGGUUCCUGCAAUGGAUAAAGGGGUUGAGCCGGAGUUCGCUGCACACCUUACUUCGAUAAUGAAAGGUGGCUUCCUGGUAAAGAUUGAGAAGCGUGGCAGCACAAAUGAAUGAAAUCUUAUUUUAUGCAUAAACUAAGGUUGUGUAGGUAAUUUUGUAGUUUACAUUUCUCGUCUAAAUUAAGAAUAAAAUUAUGACUUUUAUUAUUUAAUGGAAAUUAUAUCAAUCUGUGCUAGGCAUGUGUUUUUACUUAUUUCAUAGAACUGGUGUAUCCAAUGUAGGUUUCUGUAAUGGAAUAUGUGAUGCUUUAUAUAUAAGUGUGUGCCAUUUCUUCUUAUUUGGUGUCACAAAUAUAUGAAUGCAUCCUUUGAUGUUUGUUAAUAUAUGAGAGAUUCAACUGUC